GGAGAAGCGGCGGUUCUGGAGGUGGGAAGCGGAGGUAGGGCAAGCGAUCUCGCCGUCAUCGACGGCACGAGCCGCCGCCGCGCCGUCGUUGCCGACCCACACCUGCUUCCUAGGCAGAUUACUGGGCAAGUAGGCAGUAGAACCGGGAACAUUUAAUCUGGAGAACAAAAUUUUCUUCUGCGUGAGAGUCUGACAUCAUGCAAAGUCCCAGCAAAAUCUCCAGCGCCUCUGCCUCUUCUACAACCCCUGCUGUGUGCAGGCUUCAAGGGUGGGCGGAUCUCCCAGAAGGUCUGCUCCAGUCCAUCAUUCCUCUGUUGGGCUCCUUCCUCGAGCUCCUCGCUUUUGCUGGCACCUGCCACUCUUGGCGCUCCGCCUUCUCCUCAUACCCAUCCAAAUCCACAUUCUGCACCUUGCUCCCACCUCUCCUUGUCCGACCUCAUAUCAGAGUCCAUGCUCGUCAUCUCCCUUCCAGAAGUGAUGACGGUCUCAAGCUCCGCACAUGCCAGGUCCUUGAUCUAGCUAACCUGAGAACUGCCCUGCGCUGCCAGAUUCCUGAAGACACGUUUGAGAUGUUGCGCUUUGCAGGCUCUUCUUAUGGUCAGCUGAUUUGUGGUGGCGGCAGAAAUUGUGUUGUGGUUGAUGUGUUCACAGGUACCAGAGUUUUACCACCACAGCUCCCAUUCAGUGAGGACACUUAUUUCUACUCUGGCAUGCUGACAGCUCCCCUCACCUCACAUAAUGCACACCUCCUAGUCUGCGCCUCACCCAAACAAGGCAGCACCCAAUGCACCCUGCUUGAUUGGCCAGUUGGAAGUGAUUCUUGGUCAGAACUACGGCUCAAUGAUUCACGGAUUGAGCAGAUUGUCGAGUUCAAAGGUCAGUUCAUUGCGCUGGACUAUGAGUACAAGCUCCACACACUGUCCUUGGCCCCCCAGCUUGGUCUGCAGGAGAUAGCAACUUUGUGGUGGGAUGACAUGGAUGAAUGCCCGUAUCUAAGGCCAUGGCUUGUGGUGUGCGGCGACAUGCUCCUCAUUGUUGACCACUACAUAUCCCAUUCAUUGGAUGGGGCACCUGUCAACUACAAAGCCUAUCGCCUCGACAUGUCAACUGUACCUGCAGUUUGGGUGGAGGUAGAGAAGCUGGAGAAUCACGUGCUCUUUAUUGGAAGCGAUGUGAGGAGCCCCGCGUUUUCUUGCAUCAGCCCGGGUCGAUGGGGUAGGAGGAACAACUGCCUGUACUACGCAUAUUACGAUGUACCCUGGAUCUUGCACGGGCUUGGUGAUGAGGCUGAUGCUGUGUGGGAUCCAGACAAUGACCCUGACAUUGUGUUCAAGAGGAACUGGUACACCCAAUUGCAGCCCUUCUGGGUGUACCCAAGCAUGUUCUACGCUGAUGCUGAUGGUGAGUGAUCGAUGCGUCUCGCUUGUGCUGAGAUCUCGCCUUCGGUCUCCAUAGAGAUCCGUAGUCAGAGACUUGCAUUUGCAUAGAUGAUGCAAUUAUGGUAUUGUAUCUUAAAACUUGGGAAAUGUAAGCAGACUUUUCAGUUUCACUGCUUGGUUGUUUUAUGUUGGCACUUGCACUACUAAAUCAUUUGAACUAGUUGUGUAACUGUUGGUUAUAUGCUGCAAGCCUUGAAAGCCCAGAAGUCUGGAACUGAUUACUGUUAUUUGAAUGAGUAGAAAACGUUUACAAUGCUU